UUUAGAAGGUGGACCAGGGUGCACAAUCCACUACGUGCACCCUCUAUAAAACUACGUCGUUUUGUUUGUUUUUACAUUUAAAAAAUAUAGAAAAAUCGAAAUUAAACACAACCAACAAACAGAUUUUUUAAAAACAAAAUAAUUAAUUAAAAAAAAUGGUACCAGAUUUGUUGCUCCUAAAUAUUUGGUAUCUAACAAACGUAAUCUUAAUUUAUUUUCAAUGUGCUCAUCAUUAUCCCAUUCUCUAAUUUUAUUUUUUACGAGAAACUUGCUGUAGCCAUUUCAUUCUACUGUAAUGCCGAAACUAUUUAGAAAAUAAAUGACAAUGGCUAGUUCAAGCUUUAAUGAAGGAGAUGAUGCUCAAGGAAAUGAUGAUUACGAUGAUACUGAAGAUCAAACCGAUGAAUUUGUUGACAAAAAUAAAGGAUUUGAAGAAGCAGAAAAUUCUGAACUAUUAUAUUCAAAGGUGAAGAGUGACGAAGAAGCCUACACAUUAUAUAAUGAUUACGCAUUUAGGCAGGGGUUUGGAACUCGGAAGGGUAAGAGAUCUCUAAGAGCUGAUAAAACAGUCCGACAACGUUUCUUCCUUUGUUCGUAUGCUGGUUUCAAGAAUAAAGGUGGUGUUGAGCCCACAGCUUAUAAGAAAACGGAUUUUCGUACCGGUUGCAAGGCUAGUAUUCAAUUUGAUGUCGAUAAAAAAACUGGCCUCUAUAUUGUUACCAAGCACAAUAUGAUUCAUAAUCAUGGAAGAGUUCCAGUCAGCAAAAGACAUUUGAUAAGGUCACAUAGGAAAGUUACGGAAGAACAGUUGGCUAUGCUUAGCUCUUUGACAGAGAAUGGUGUCCCGGUUGCUUUUGCUGUACGGGUGUUAAAAAACCAAGCUGGUGGGGAAGCCAAUCUUGGUUUCCUUAAGAGUGAUGCUUAUGAUGCGUUAGCUGGUAAAAAAAAACGAGACUUGAUGGCUUUGACACAAAAUAGUUGUUAAAUUUUUUCAAAACUAGAAAAGCUAAUGAGGUUGACUUUUAUUAUGAUUUUGAGGUUGAUGAUGAAGGUUAUCUUGAUUGUUUUUUCUUUCGAGACGGGCGGAUGAAGAUUGAUUAUGAUGCAUUUGGAGAUCUUUUGGUACAUGACACUACAUAUCGUACGAAUAAAUACGACAUGAUAUGUGGUCCCUUUGUGGGGAUGAACCAUCACAACAAGAAUGUUAUGUUUGGCGUUGGUUUUAUCGUGAAUGAGAAAUGGGAGUUUUUUGAAUGGUUGUUCAAAACAUUUUUAAGGUCUAUGGGAGGGAGACAUCCAAUUACCAUUAUGACAGAUCAAUCUAAAUCUAUGAAAAAAGCAAUAGGAAUAGUAUUUCCAAAUUCGAGUCACCGAUUAUGUACUUGGCAUAUAGGGGAAAAUGCUAAGACGAAUAUCAAAGGGUUGAGAGCAAUGGAAGGUUUUAAUAACGCUUUCAACUAUGUGUUGAAAUACACUGACACCAUUGCCGAAUUUGAGCAUUAUUGGUCAAGCAUGGUGAAAAAGUACGAGUGCUCCGGAAAUAAGUGGCUCCAAAACUUGUACACCAUUAGAGAUUUUUGGUGCCCUGCUUAUUCUAAAGACUACUUUUCUGGGGGAGUUUUGUCUUCCCAAAGGAGUGAAACAACUAAUAACUCUGUCUCAAGAAGGCUCCAUAAGACUCAUGGUCUAUGUGAUUUUUACAAGUGUUUCCUUGAAGUGGUUGAUGAGUGGAGAAGUAACGAGAAUGUUGAUGAUCACCAAAGUGAGAUUGGUAAUCGAUAUUUAGCAGCUGAAGGGGUGGGCUUACUUGAUGAUGCAAUGGAAAUAUAUAAUAUCGACAUAUAUCUGCAGUUCGAGGCAAACUUUCUUAAAAGCAUGCCAUACAUUGUUAACAUCGUCGGUUUCCUCCCGCCUUUGUAUGAAUACCAUGUUAAACAUCCUAAGAAUGAUUUAAUUAUGCACACCGUGAAGUUUGAUCAGUCAAGGAUAUCAAUCGACUGCACCUGCAAAUACUUCAGUGAGGUUGGUAUCCUUUGUUCACAUUCAAUCCGUAUUCUUCAUCUUAACAAUGUUAUUUCGAUCCCUAAGAGGUACAUUUUAAAGAGAUGGACAAAGGGUGCUAUGUGCCACAAGGUAGGUGACAAUGUUACACAAGUGUCAGGAGUCGUCCCGUCUUGUGUUUGGAGGCUGCAACAUACGAGGAACUUCAUUAGCCUAAUAAACUCAAGCCAACAUGACUUAGCUGCAAGAAAAGUUAUGGAAUCGGCUUUCAUAGAAUGUAAGCAGAGGGUUGAAAUUUUAAUUGGUGCAAUAGAAGAAAAUAUUGCAGAUCAAGAAGGUGAGAGGAUGGUGGAAAGGGAGUGUAUGCUUGAGCCAAAUACUCAGGGGGCUGAGGGUGUAUUUGAAGGUGAGGGGAUAGAUGUACCAACUACCCAAGGGGGUGAUAGUGUAGUUGAGGGUGAUGGAGUAGAUGAACAAACAAUUAAGAAUCCGAAAAAAAAGAGGAAGAAGGGGGGGAGAAAUGUAAGACUAAAAGGGACUCAAGAAAAGGUGUGCAACAAGCUAAAAGCUAGGAAACCUCAAGCAUGGAAGAAGAAAACAACAAGAGGAGUUACAAAGAUGAAAGGCAAAGCUCAGACUUCAUUACAGGAGUACUUAGAUGUCCCCGAUGGUUCAAAUGUGGCACAUCCGACAAAUUCAGCUGGAGAUUUGGAGAUGUUCGCGCCUGAUGACUAUUUUGGUGUUAAUCUUACACCUUUCAAUAAUUAGUUGCUUCUUUUAUAUAAAAGAAUUAAGAAUUAGUUAUUAAUUUUCUCUUUUCCAAGGUUUUAAUUAAUUGAGAUAGCCCUAUGUUAGACAGUAAUGAGUACAAAUAAUUUUGGUAGUCUUGUGGUUUCUCUUGAUAGUCUCAUACCAAUUGAUGUUGUCAGCUAUUGGAAAUUCAAGAAAAUGUCUAGUAUCGGUCAGUAAGUAUUACUCUGUCUACUAGAUAUUUGUUAUAUAUUAGUAGUACUAAGUGUAUGACAUACAACUUUUAUCCAUCAGUAACAUUCAUAUUUAAGGCAAACUCAAUAUCAUCAUCAUGUUGUCAAACUUAAUUAUUUGAUGAAAAAAAUAGAUAGUAAGAUCUCACCUUAGAACUUAUAUUUCUUGUGGGUCAUUGACAUUUACCCAUUCCUUAAUAUCAAGGUAAUUGACGUUUAUUCCAUGUCCCAAC